GACCUGCCCUCACUUCCGCCGGAUGUGACCUGCAGCCGCAAGUGCCCUUCCUCGGUUGCACGCGCGGGUUCCCGGUACUCACUACUGGCUCUCGGGGGCAGAAUACGACCACAAUGGCGUCCGCCACCCUGCUGCGCGCGACGCCCCGCUUUAGUGGUUUCUGCGCCAGCCCGACCCCAUUACUGCAGGGUGUGUUGCGACCGCUGAAAGCCCGGGCAUUUCCCCUCUUGUACCGCAGUCUGGCUGUGGAAGCCAAGAAGACCUACGUGCGCGACAAGCCCCAUGUGAAUGUGGGUACCAUUGGCCAUGUGGACCACGGCAAGACCACACUGACUGCAGCCAUCACGAAAAUUCUAGCCGAGGGAGGUGGGGCUAAAUUCAAGAAGUAUGAAGAGAUUGACAAUGCCCCGGAAGAGCGAGCUCGGGGUAUCACCAUCAAUGCGGCCCAUGUGGAAUAUAGCACUGCUGCCCGCCACUAUGCCCACACAGACUGCCCGGGUCAUGCAGAUUACGUUAAGAAUAUGAUCACAGGCACUGCUCCUCUUGAUGGCUGUAUCCUUGUGGUGGCAGCCAAUGAUGGUCCCAUGCCCCAGACCCGAGAGCACUUAUUACUGGCUAAGCAGAUUGGGGUGGAGCACAUUGUGGUGUAUGUGAAUAAGGCAGAUGCUGUCCAGGACUCUGAAAUGGUGGAGCUAGUGGAGCUGGAGAUCCGGGAACUGCUCACAGAAUUUGGCUACAAGGGGGAGGAGACACCAGUCAUUAUAGGCUCUGCUCUUUGUGCCCUUGAGCAACGUGACCCUGAGCUAGGUGUGAAGUCGGUGCAGAAGCUGCUGGACGCUGUGGACACUUACAUCCCAGUGCCCACACGGGAUCUGGAGAAGCCUUUCCUGCUGCCUGUAGAGUCAGUUUAUUCUAUUCCUGGCCGAGGCACAGUGGUGACAGGUACAUUGGAACGUGGUGUUUUGAAGAAAGGAGAUGAGUGUGAAUUUCUGGGACAUAGCAAGAACAUUCGCACUGUUGUGACAGGCAUUGAGAUGUUUCACAAGAGCCUGGAGAGGGCAGAGGCAGGGGAUAACCUUGGAGCCCUGGUCCGAGGCUUGAAGCGGGAAGAUCUGAGGCGUGGCUUGGUCAUGGCCAAGCCAGGUUCCAUCCAGCCCCACCAGAAGGUGGAGGCUCAGGUUUACAUCCUCAGCAAGGAGGAGGGUGGCCGCCACAAGCCCUUUGUAUCCCACUUCAUGCCUGUCAUGUUCUCCCUGACUUGGGACAUGGCCUGUCGUGUUGUCUUGCCUCCAGGGAAGGAGCUUGCCAUGCCUGGGGAGGACUUGAAGCUCAGCCUAAUCUUGCGGCAGCCAAUGAUCUUAGAGAAAGGCCAGCGUUUCACCCUGAGAGAUGGCAAUCGGACCAUUGGCACAGGCCUCGUCACAGACAUACCAGCAAUGACUGAAGAGGACAAGAACAUCAAAUGGAGUUGAGUGUGGACCUCUGCUCAGGUUCUCUUAAUUUUAGAGCUGCAAUCUCGCCCAGUGCAGCUAGAUGGACACUUUCCCUGGUUACAUGGGGUGGCCUGCCAGGCAAGGUAGGGCAAUAAAAUUUGUGAAUAAUAA